AUGUCCUGCCUAUGGAUGCUGGACACAUCAUUCUGGGAAGGCCAUGGCAAUCUGAUAGGCGUGUGCAUGAUGGCUUUCACAAACAAGUACACCUUCCUUCACAAGGGGCGUAAGACCACUCUCAUUCCCUUAACCCCUCAAGAGGUGUAUGAAGAUCAAGUUCAGUUGAGUGGCCAAAGACUAAACCUCAAGCCAAGAAGGAGCCAACCAAAUCCAACAAGUCCUGAACUAUCUGGCCAAAUCCAAACAGCAUACAGAACCAAUCCUGUGGAAACCAAAGAACUCCAGCGCCAAAUUGAUGAGCUUAUGGAUAAGGGUCACAUCCGGGAAAGCAUGAGUCCUUGUGCUGUUCCUGUUCUUCUUGUGCCCAAGAAAGAUGGGAGUUGGCGCAUGUGUGUGGACUGCAGAGCCAUCAACAAUAUCACUGUAAAGUAUCGACAUCCUAUCCCUAGACUUGAUGAUAUGCUUGAUGAGUUGCAUGGUUCUAGCAUUUUCUCUAAAAUUGAUUUAAAAAGUGGUUAUCAUCAGAUUAGGAUGAAAGAAGAUAAUGUGGUUUUUCUAGGCUUUGUUGUGAGUGCAGAUGGAGUCAAGGUGGAUGAAGAGAAAGUUGCAGCAAUCAGAGAAUGGCCAAGUCCUAAGACAGUGAGUGAAGUCAGAAGCUUCCAUGGCCUAGCUGGGUUCUAUAGGCGGUUUGUCCGUGAUUUUAGUACCUUGGCCGCACCCUUAACUGAAGUCAUCAAGAAAGAAGUUGGAUUCAAGUGGGAGAAAGCACAGGAGGAUGCUUUCCAGCUCUCAAGGAUCGCUUGA